AUGACAGAAAACACGCUCCAGAAUCCCGAGCCCGACGAGAAGCGCGAUGCCGCAAUUGCAAAUUCUGCCGACGGCCAGAAUGGCGCCAGGAUACCAGAGCCCGCGGCCAGUGACGGCGCCGACCAGGAAAAGCAAAGGGUCUACCUCACAGGGUGGCGGCUGCACACUCUAACAGCCGGGCUCUGUCUGUCGCUCCUGCUGUCCACGCUCGAGACGACAAUCGUCAGCACAUCGCUCGUGUCCAUCGUCAACGCGCUCGACGGCUUCAGCCAGAGCGGCUGGGUCGUCACGGCGUACUUCCUCACCUACACCGGCUUCCUCGUCGUCUACGCCAAGCUGAGCGACAUUGUCGGCUGCAAGCUGCUGAUCAUGUUUGCCGUGGCCGUGUUCACCGUCUUCUCCAUCGCGUGCGGCCUGUCGUCGUCGAUGCUGCUGUUGAUCGUGUUCCGCGCGUUCCAGGGCGUCGGCGCCUCGGGCAUCUACUCGCUGGUCACCGUCAUGACGCCGCUGCUCGUGCCGCCCGCCAAGCUCGCCAUCUACAUCGCCGUUGUCUCGUCCGUCUUCGCCAUGUCCAGCGUGUUAGGCCCGCUGCUCGGCGGCGCCAUCACCGACCACACAACGUGGAAAUGGGUCUUUUUCCUCAACGGCCCCGCUGGUGCCGUCGCCAUCAUCCUGCUGGCCGUCUCGGCGCCGCUGAGCUUCCCGUACCGGCGCCGGCCGGGCGGGUUCUUGGACGCGCUGGUGGCGGAGCGCGCGUGGCGGCGCGUCGACGCGCUGGGCGCCGUCGCGUCGCUCGCCGCGUCCAUCCUCGUCGUCUUCGCCCUGCAGCAGGCCGGCGUCGCGUACCCGUGGCGCAGCGCGCCCGUCGUCGCUUGCUUCGUGCUCGCCGGCCUGCUGUGGGCCGGCUUCGUGGCGUGGGAGCGCAGGCUGUCGCUGCGCGUCGGCGGCGUCUGCGAGCCCAUGUUCCCGUGGCGGCUAGCGCGGAACAGAAACGCAUUCCUCACGGGCUUCCCCUUCAUGGCCGCCAUCAUCAACAUCCCACAGCGCCUGCAGACCGUCAACGGCACCACGGCGAUCGAGGCCGGCCUGCGCAUGCUGCCGCUGCUGCUGUGCUCGCCCUUCUCGACCGCCCUAGCGGGCGUGGCCGUCUCCAAGCUCCGGCUGCCGCCCCUGUACGUGCUAGUCGUAGGCGGCGUCCUCCAGACUGUGGGCGUCGGGCUUUUCAGCUCGCUUGACCAGCACGGCCCCGACAUUCAGCCGGCGCAGUACGGAUACCAGAUCAUCAUGGGGUUCGGCUUCGGCUUCAACCUCAGCACCAUCCUCAUGAUGGCGCCCAUGGUGGUGCAGCUGAAGGACAUGGCCGUCGUGAUGGGCUGGCUGACACAGAUCCGCGUGCUGGGCGGCACCAUCGGGCUGGCCGUGUGCUCAGCGCUGCUCAACAACCACAUCACAUCGGAGACAUCCGCAUUCCUAAGCGCCGACCAGACGGGCGCGCUGCUGCAGUCGUUCCAGAACAUCCACGCGCUGGCGCCGGACGUGCAGGACCGCGUGCGCGCCGUCUACGAGACCGGCUACAGCGGCCAGAUGCGUGCCAUGCUGUAUUUCUGCGCCGCCGCGCUGCUGUCGCUCGCGCUGCUGGCCGAGCGCCGGCCGCGCCGCCUGCAGACGGCCGACGACGGCGAGUUUGUGCCGCCGGAGGGAUAA